AUCAGAUGGAAGCAGCUUGCAACGUUGUUUUUGCUAAUGUGGUCUGUGAUACAUUAUUUUGAAAGGGUGAAACCCUAUUAUGUUUUUCAGUCGUGUCUAUGGAAAGAGUGGGAGAGUUGGCCACAUGAAUCAGAUCCACACCAUUCCAUAAUUAUCGGUGAUCCACAAAUAGUGGACAAUUAUUCUUAUCCUUCAAGAAGUUGGUUGGAAUUGACGAUAACAAAGAUUUUCAGUGACAAUUACCUACAUAGGAACCACAACAUUUACAGCAAAGUACUAGAUCCGGAUAGUAUCAUUUUUGUUGGUGAUUUGUUUGAUGGAGGUAGGGAAUGGAACGACAAAGUAUGGCUGAAAGAAUAUGUCCGAUUCAACAAAGUUUUUAACCCUAUCGAAGGGGUGAGACAGUUGAGACAAAUACCUGGAAAUCACGAUGUCGGAUUUGGUAAUGGAAUUGAUUUUGGAAAGUACUCCAGGUUCAAAGCGUAUUUUGGGAAUGCAGAUGAGGUAGUUGUUUUGGGCAAUCAUUCUAUUGUAUUGAUGGAUACAGUCUCAAUAUCCUGCAUUGACAAUAACAAAAUUAGUCAGGCAUCCUCUAAGUUUUUGCGGAGCUUUGAAGAUCCUUCAAAUACAUACAAAGAACUCCCUCGAAUUGUGAUUUCUCAUGUUCCCCUCUAUCGGUUCACGGAGCUACAAGAGUGUGGACCUUUGAGGGAGUCAAAGAAGGCGUUCCCAGUGAGCAGGGGGAAUCAGUAUCAAACUGUUUUGGAAUAUGAGUUGAGCCAAAAGAUUGUUAAUUGGAUCCGCCCAAUAAUGCUUUUUUCUGGAGAUGAUCACGAUUACUGCCACAUCAGACAUCCAUUGGAUAAAAGAGUUAAGUACACUGAUGAGAUUACAGUUAAGAGUUCUGCAAUGACAGGGGGUGUAAAAAAGCCAGCAAUCCAGCUAUUAAGCCUAUGGAAUCCAAAUAAUAAACAAGAUGAUACAUGGAUUGUAAGCAAUGAAGAAACGAGGAAGGUCGAUGCAGGGACAGCAGAAACUUAUUUAUGCUAUCUACCAUCGCCAUACCAGCCAUUGGUACAUUAUGGAAUAACAUUGGCAUUUUCUAUAUGGUGGAUU